AUGGUAUGGCUUCCAUUUGGUAAAAGUUCCGGCGAGAGCACUUUGUCUUCCGUCCAGAUUGAGCAACGUUCUCAUACUCCACUCAAUGUUGCGCCAAAGGACUCAGAUAUUGCUCACACAUUAAACCAAAUUGCUUCUGAUGAUUCUCAACCAAGAGUCAAGGUAUUGACAGGAGAAUCCCGCAAACAGACAAACGAGCUGGUGACAACGUUUGUAGAGCAGAGACCAAAGAACAUGUUUAUCAUUGACGGUGAAAAGUACGCCAAUGAGAGCAUCAUCUGUACUAACGACGAGAGAGGAAACAAAACGUGCUUGAAGUUGAUGUACAACCUGAUUGAACUCUUCAAGCACAUGCAACACCUUGAGUACUUCUGUCUGUUGCCUAACGACAUUGACGCCACUUACUUUGAAUGCAGAAAAAUCACAUAA